AUGAUGCUGAUACAGCGACAUUACCGCGAACGACAUUACCGCGAACGACAUUACCGCGAGACAAUACCGCGAACGACAAUACCGCGAACGACAUUACCGCGAACGACGUUACCGCGAACGACAUUACCGCGAACGACAUUACCGCGAACGACAUUACACCCAACAGUUGAUAAUAUGCUGGUGGUUAGAAGUGCUCGACAAGUACUAGCAAACGUAAAACAAGAUGGUUCAACAAGCACGUGA